CUCACCAAGCAACAACAAGCCAUCAAGGCGCUUCACGAAAAAUCCACCCGCCAACAGCCCGUCCUCGGCCACGUCGAAACCUGGGCCACCGCCAAAGACGCCCAGCUCAAUGACAUCCUCGAUAAGCUCGUCGACCCUCGUCAGCUCAAGGAGCUCGAGGAACAGAUCUCGACGGUCCAACAGAGUCCCCAAAAGGCUAUCCAGGAAGCCUUCGAGCGCUCCGGCCAACAAGCUCCCGACGCCGCCUCCAUUCGCCGCGUGCUCGAGCAACGCGCCGCCACCAAAGCCCCAAGUUCGACCCACUACUCCUCGGUCAACGAUCCCCCCGCCAGCCCAAACCUGAUGAGCGACAGCCUUCUCCAGACCCUCCAAACCAGAAUGCAGGCAAGCCAAGCUCGUAUGAACUACGACGCCACCCGUGCAGACCUCUACGGAUCCGUCCGUUUCGGACAGUCAACCGGAGGACAGGGUCCGCCGGGACCUCCUCCUCCUCCCCCCUCCGAGGAACUUCGGGGCGUCCCCGGACGACGAUGCUAG